CGUGCCGGGUGCAGUGCAUUGCACAAGGCGCCAGAUAUCAUUAAAGAAGGAAAACAGUAAUGUCACUGUCAGAGGGCGUUGUCUGAGUGUGGGCAAAACUCAGCUCAAGGACAGUAUAAAAGCAUCUGAUCUCUGCGCUGUCUCACCACACCUGACUGAUUGUCUCCUCUUCCGCUCUCUGAGACUCAGGUUCCUUAGACAUUCAGCGAGAUGACGAGCAAGCUGGAAAAAGCCUUGGAUGACAUGAUCGACGUGUACCACAAGUACUCCGAGAAAAGGCCCAACUCGGAUGAUUACCUGCAGAAGCAUGAGUUCAGGCAGCUGUUAAAGCAGAACGCCAAGUCAUUUCUGAAGUGCACUCUGCCGUACGGGCAGACGGAAGAUGAAUACAUAGACGACCUGUUUAAGAAGGCCGACAGAAACAGAAAUGAAUACCUCCAUUUCGAAGAGUUUGUUACCACGCUGGCGAAAUUGGCCAUACAUGCUCACGAUAUCUCACACGAGCCUUGUGAUGAAACGCCUGGGAAGCCGGGCGAUGGGCAGGGGCAGGGGCAGGGGCAUGGGCAUGGGCAUGGGCAUGGCCCCAAUUAACUUGGGUAUGAGCCUAAUUCUGACCCCGUUGUUGGCAGCUUCUCUGGGCAUGGGUGUCAUGGCAGUGGCACUAACCCCAGCGAUGAUCCUAACCACCC